CGAAGCGCGGAGUGACCAAUCGAGCGGUUCGGGUCGGUGGGGCUGUCCGGGGACGGGAAACGAGUGCUUUUAUCCACGAUACGCCGUUUUUUUUCUUUCAACAAAAUCGUGGAACGAAACUUCGAUUAGUGUUUUGAAAAUCGUGUUCGAGAACUUCGUUCAGUGGUUAACGAAAGGUGGAAAUAUAUAAACACGAAAAAGGGCAGGGAAUCGAAGAAGAGAAAAAGGAGCUUAAUGGCUCUCAGGAGAUCGGGAAUACAAGGACAGACAUUGCACUCGCGGACGGGGCGCCUCGCAAUAAACAUCGUCGCCUCUCGUUCGCUCGUCCUGCAUCCACCUCCUUUGCGUCUCUCCGUUUUCAACGAGCUCCUGCCGUCGUCGAUUCUGCUUCCGUUUCCGUGUCUGUUAUGUGUGAACGCAAAGAGAGCCGAGUGUUUAUAACUGCACGGUGCUGGUGGCGGUGACGAAGGGAAAGGGAAAGGGAGGAGGAGAAAGAGAGAAGGGGAAGAAAUUUGGAAGCGAGAUAAAGAGAAGGAUAGCUAGAAGAGAGUGCGCGUGCAAAAGCGAGAGGGAAAAGGAGAGAGAGCCAAAGGCUCGUCGGACGGAAUAUUCGAAGCGGUGCGCCAUACAUUUCCUACGGAAGGUCGUAUUUAUCGCGGGAACCUUAUUGGUGAAAUUAUCUCAGUUAUUGAAGAAGAUUUUGAUAUAUAUAAAUAUAUAUCAAACCUUCCUUACAGCGAUCGCUUCCAAUUGAAAGGAAUUACUAUAUACAGUCGGUUACAACAACGGUGGUCCGGCUACUUAACUAUCUAUCUACUUAACGUCGGGUAGUUGACUAGGAAUUCUGGAUAACCUGAUCGCGCAGAAAUUCGAAGUGUCAACUCGUCGACAGGCGUGACAGCCUCGUCGACUGUCUCGUCCGUCCUCUGUCCUCCCUUUUCUUGAUAUUCGGUGUCGGUACCAUCAUUUGAUUCCGCGAUGUUCACGGGGACAGUGAAGAUCGAAAUAUGUGAGGCAGUCGGACUAAGGGCGACGGACAAGCAACGAAAGUUUUGGCAGGAUGAACCUAUACUCGAUCCCUACGUUCAGCUGGAUGUCGACGAGAAUCAUCUUGAUCGUUCAUCGACUAAACCGAAAACAUUCGACCCGGUUUGGAACGAGUGUUUCACCCAUGAAGUUCAGGAUGCGGUGAUGCUCGGACUGACUGUCUUCCACGAUGCGGCAUUACCGCCGGAUUAUUUCGUCGCCAAUUGUAGUAUUCCUUUCGAGGAACUUGUCAGCAGGAAUGACAAAACUGCAGAUCUUUGGGUUGACCUUGAACCUCAAGGAAAGUUAAGGGUUAGGAUCGACCUAAAAUGGAAUGAUCAAGAUCAACAAAGAGGCUGUGGUACAGGUGAUGGAGAAGGAAUCGGAGGCAGAGGUGGUGGAAGCAUCACCACUGGGAAGGAACCCAGGAGGGAGUUCAAAGAAAGACAGGGUUUUAACCGACGUAGGGGUGCUAUGCGACGCAAAGUUCAUCAAGCGAAUGGUCAUAAGUUUAUGGCUACCUUCCUGAGGCAACCAACUUUCUGUUCUCACUGCCGUGAAUUCAUAUGGGGCUUGGGCAAGCAGGGCUAUCAGUGUCAAGUCUGUACAUGUGUAGUUCACAAAAGAUGUCACAAGUUGGUUAUCACAAAAUGCCCAGGCAUGAGAGAUGAGUCAAAUCAAGAUACAGAAAGUCCACGUUUCAGUAUAGAUAUGCCACACCGUUUUGUUGUUCACAACUACAAGAGAUUUACGUUUUGUGACCACUGUGGCUCACUGUUGUAUGGUUUAUUUAGACAAGGUUUACAGUGUGAAGCUUGUAAUAUAAAUGUUCAUAAGAGGUGCCAGAAAAAUGUAGCAAAUAAUUGUGGCAUUAACACUAAGGCUAUGGCUGAGAUUUUAAGUACAAUGAAUAUAUCACCAGACAAACAAAUAAAAACUCCAAAGAUUAAUUAUAGAACAACAACUUGUCAGUCUGGUCAAACACCCACAACAGUAACAGUCACAGACACAUUACCAACGGAUAAUUCACAAACAAUUCAAAAAACGGAAGAAACAUCUGUUAUCGCUACUGAAAAUGCAGUACCUGCUAGUGAGAAUGAAGUUAGGAAAUUUGGUAUCGAGGACUUUAAUUUCAUAAAAGUUCUUGGUAAAGGUAGUUUCGGGAAGGUGAUGCUAGUAGAACGAAAAACUAAUCCCGAUGAAGUUUACGCUGUAAAAAUUUUAAGAAAAGAUGUGAUUAUACAAGACGACGAUGUGGAUUGCACAAUGACGGAAAAGAGGAUUUUAACACUGGCAGCGAGACAUCCUUUCCUUACAGCUAUUCACAGUUGUUUUCAAACAAAUGACCGAUUAUUUUUUGUUAUGGAAUAUGUGAAUGGAGGUGAUUUAAUGUUCCAUAUUCAAAGGGCUCGAAAAUUUGACGAAGCAAGAGCACGCUUCUAUGCGGCAGAAGUUACGCUUGCAUUACAAUUUCUUCACAAGCAUCAUAUUAUUUAUCGAGAUCUCAAGUUAGACAAUAUAAUACUCGACCAAGAAGGUCAUUGUAAAUUAGCAGAUUUUGGAAUGUGCAAGGAGGGUAUUAUCGAAGGGAAGACUGUUACAACAACAUUUUGUGGCACACCCGAUUAUAUCGCACCUGAAAUUCUUCAAGAAUUGCAUUAUGGUGCUAGCGUUGAUUGGUGGGCACUUGGUGUUUUAAUGUACGAAAUGAUGGCUGGUCAACCGCCUUUUGAAGCAGAUAAUGAAGAUGAUUUAUUCGAAUCAAUUCUACGAGACGAUGUGCUUUACCCUAUCUGGAUCUCAAAAGAGGCAGUUUCUAUUUUAAAAGGAUUUAUGACAAAAAAUCCAGCUAAGAGACUAGGUUGUGUGGCUGCUAAUGGUGGUGAGAACGCUAUAAAAGUUCACCCAUUUUUCCAAGAAAUAGAUUGGGAAGCACUCGAAGCGCGUAAAGUGAAACCACCAAUUAGGCCAAAAACUAAAAGCAAAAAGGACGUAAUGAACUUCGAUACGGAGUUUACAAAAGAAGAUCCAGUGUUGACGCCAGAAGAUCCAGACGAAGUGAGCUAUAUAAAUCAAGAAGAAUUCCAAGGUUUCUCCUUCGUCAACAAAGACUUCAACCCUGCUAGGUUUGGGGCGCAAUAAGAAGUAAGAACACAAGCAAAUGAAGAGGGUUCAAUGUUAAUAUCAUCUUAAACGCUUCUUGCUUGGAAAAUUGGCGAGCAUGCCAAUCUGCAAAGCUGAACAUCGGCGUUUUGAAGCUGCUCGGGGUCUCCUUUGUAUUUUAUCUCCACCGGGGAUAAUUUUACGUAUCAUCGGAAGCAACGUUCAAGCUGUACAAAAAAGUGGUGGAGAUCAUCAGGAAUUUGGGAAAUCAGCUAGAAACUUCGGUCUGUUUCACGUACAAAAAAAAGUGGUAAUUUUCGCAGAGAAUUUCAUUGCUAACAAGGAAGCGUGGCCUCAGUUCGAAAAAAAGAAAUGCGUUUGGAUCCAAGUCUCUUAAAGUUGGACAAAAUUCUUGAUUUCCUUUGUUUUCUUGAAACAAAGACAAAUGUGAUUGAGAUGAAACAUCAGUAAGAGAUUUCAUUUGUAACAUUGAUAAGCAGAAAGAUCACGUGCUUUGGAAAUUAAGUAUCGGUUAAGAAACUUAGUACAAAAAAUACAAAGCAGAAAGAGAAGGUCAUUUUCGAUGGCAUGAUGGUAAAGGUCGCUGGGCGAUCUAUCAUUUUUCUGUUGAUAUUGAUAUUCUCGAGGAAGAUUCGAAUUAAAUACCGAACUUUUCAGUAAUCUCUUAACCGUAUAUUUCGUUUCCUCUUAGAGUUUCUUUCGUAGAAUGUCUCUCUGGAACUACAAAGUUUUCCAUCAAUGACAAAAAAAGAGUACUCGCGCAGGAAAAACCACGAGUCUGCAGGAUAUGAAACUCAUCGACAUGUCAAUUUUGCAUUGAAAUUCAGUUCCAUUAAGGUAUACAAAAUUUUACCUGAUUUACAGAUUCCUAGUUAACCAUAUAUAAAGACUUGGCACUUAUUACGCAUUUUUUUUAGCGCUUACGUACUUACGGACUUAAUUUUCAUUGCAAUUCACGAGAAUUAUUUUUUACUACGGCAAGAAUACCGACAAAAACAGGACGAUCGAAUUAUUGUGAUUAUUGCUUAGUAAGUCGAGUUUUUAGGUCUUAGCGUAGUGUAUCAAAUCACUAGUGAUCAAGACUGAAACAGAAGCUGGGCUUAACUUUUAGGUAAGCACCGGCUGCAGGCGUAAUUAUAAUUGCCGAGUCUAUAAAAACCUGUGCAUACAUAAUAGCAUCAUAUAAAGUAACCACAUAGAGAAUCGAGAAGUUAUGUUCCGGUUCGAAUCGAGAUCUCGUGUCUUCGAACGGUCUAAACUUUUCGUCGAGCAGAGGAGCAUCUCGCAGCGCUUCUCCGAUAGGAUUUAAAUGAUAAACAAAAUAAUAAUAAAAUAAUCAUACAACACUAAAAGAAAUCAUGCUCGCGUGGUGAAGAUCGAGCAGGAUACGAUCUGACCAGGUGGACAUACCAAUUUCAUACUUAACAUAGAAUUUUAAACGAUCAUAGACGGAUUCCACUGGUGGUUGUCCCGUCAAAGCUAACACAAAAUGAUAAAUAUAUCUUACGUAUAAAUACGUAUAAAUACGUAUAAAUUUAACUUAUUUUAACAUACGCCUAAAAUUGUAAUGAACAAAAAAGGUCUCGCUAUCAGAAACACCGGUGAACAUAUAAAAGCGAUGGUCUCUGGUGAAAUUCUCUGGUGUUGCUGUGUGUGUCGAGUCUUUCACAAAGUGUUAUAGACAGAGCAUAUAUACAUACAUAUGUAUAUGCUUUGUAAAGUUACCGCUAAGCGAAUUAAGAAAAUUGUAAGGAAGUCCACCUAGCGAUGUCGAUGCACUUUCCGGAAACUUGUUGUCUCUAGUUAGGUGUCUUUAAAAGCUUGAAGCAACAACUCGUGUACUUAAAUUAGAAAAAGCUGCAAGCUCCUUAGUGUUAAGUGAUGAAAUAGUCGAGAGCCUUAUCCGUACCAUAAGAACGUUGAAAUGCGUAAAAAAAAAAGAAAGGGAAGAAAGAAACCAGUGAAUGUUAUAUCGAGUUAAGUAUCGUUGUCGGUCCUAACGGCUAAUAAGGAUAAAUUAAUUCGAGAUACAUAAAUGAGAGACAAAUUUCUCGUGUUUUAACAAGUGAACAGAAAAUACUCUAAUAUUUGGGGCACGUAGUCCACCGUUUUGUGCCGUCGAGUUUAUACCAAAGAUUUCGUUCAGACUUUCCGUAGAAACCUCGCAGAACGAAUUAACGAGGGUAAGAUCGCGAAUGAAUCACAAUCUCAUAUCGAUCCGACUUCAAUCUUUGGUGUAAACUUCAAUCGUCGUUGAUAGUUUUAAUGAGAAAAGUUUAAUUGAUAAAUAGUAACGAUAGACCGUAACAAUUAGUCGAUAAUAUGUUUUAGUGAUUAUAAAUUCAGAAAAAAGGACAACUGCGGUGAAAUCGUGCAGUAGUGCAGAGCAAAACUAAAAAAAAAGAAAAACAGAAAAAAAUAUUUUAGCGUACUGUCUAACAAUGAGCCACUGGAUAACAGACAGCCCCCAGAUUCUAUUCAAAUGGCUUAUUGUAUGACCAGAAACGCGUUACUCAGUGUCGUGAUCAUUGUCGUCGUGUCAUACUCGUACAUUUUUAUGGACUCCGUAGAUAUUUAGGUUCAUUUAAAAACAAAAAAUGUCAUAAAAAAAUUCAUUGGUAGAGUACCUUUAAAUCACGUGCUGCCCUCUACGUGCUUCGAUUUUGUACAGAACUUGAAGUUCGAGAGCCGCGGCACCGACACAAUCGAAUUGUGAACAAAAUGAUGUUCUAAGUUACGGCACCUGUCGUGUACUCAACGCACGAUCUUAGAAAUUAACGAUGUACGAGAUGAAUAUUACCAUUUCAAGGAGAAAUCACCUAUCGUAAGAUAUAUACACGUACGACGUCGCUUUUAUGAAAGCAACGUUGUACUCGCAGCCAUUGACACGAAAUAAUGAUCGUUCGCAUGUAAAUGUAGCUGAUCGUAUCUUUUUACAGCUUUUGCUUGCAUAGCAAUAAUUAUUGACCAGUGAAUAUAGUAUCCUAUUGAUGUAUCGACCGAUGAAUCGAUAAUGUUCUCCGUGUACUAAAUUCAGAGUGCUAUAUCCUUGUCGUUGGCAAACUGUCAUAAAAAUUAAAUUUAUUAUUUAUUAUACAUAAUAUCAAUUUCUUAGAAUUUAAUUCUUAGUUUUUAAAUAUGUAUUAAAUUUCAUAAAUGAUCCAAUAGGAAUUUCUAUUGUUUCUAAGAAAGGGAAUUGUGUUUAAGAUAACUUAAAAAAAACUGUCCGAUUGACAAGGAUCUGUACUUGAUUCAUCUGCGUUCGUGCACUUAUCGUAAAUCUAGUCAGAACGAGAAUAUCGAGAAAAGGUGUCUGGCUCGAUGUAUCGAGCUACGGAAAAGGAUAUGUUUAAAUUCAAAAGAGACGAGUUAGUCCGGCCUACGCUUAAAAAAAAGACGGUUUCGUGCGUUAUUCGAACAAAAAAUUACUGCUAUACCAUGUACCUAUUGUUACGUGUAGAGUUACCGCGUAACAAAUAUCCGUACGUCUAAAAAAAGAAAACAAAAAAAAGAAAGAAAACAAACACUGUAUCGUCUAGGCGUAGUAAAGCGAGUUUCUUUUUAGUCUUAUGUCCGGUACAUUAGAAAGAAGAUUUUCAGCACUCCGCGUCGUAUUAUCGAUAGUCAUAUCGCGAUAUAUCUCUUUCGGUUGUAUAUAUCGUUUUUGUCAGAACGAUAGAUUCUCGAUGGUCGUUGAAAAUGGCGCGAAUCAGACGAGAGAAUGCAACGAUUGCCGUCCUAAACACAUCGAUACGUCGAGCGGGGUUAAUCGAUUAUCCAAAGGUUUCUUUCGACUUUAAUUGCAUAGAAAGUAAGCCAUUGGUGAUUUAUAAGUACGUCACAAUCGUACACCGGUGUACGAUUACACCGUACCAUAAAAUGUUACGAAUUCUGAUCCGUCGAGAUUUAAAUGAAAAAGUAAUAUUCGUUGAAAGACUUAUCGAAUAAUCAAAGUUGAAAUCUCAUUCAUUGUGUGGGAAGAAAGAAUAUGUUUGAAAGAAAAAACAAAUUAUCGAAACGUACUGUUUAUACUGUUGUUAUUGUUGCAACGAUCAUCGAGCUGACAAAGAUGUUAAUCUCUUUUUUUUUAAGUUAAACAUUGUAUGUUUUUUUUUUGGUUAAAGAGAACGUGUGGCGUUUCAUUUAUUCUAAUGUUACAUCGUUUUACAGUAUUUAUGUUUUUCAAUAUCAUACAAGUAUUCUUGAGAUAUCGUACACGACCAGGCCACGUUAAUAGCUGAAUGUUAAGGUUGCUAGCUAAUUAGCGAAAAGUAAAUAUAUAUUUUUUUAGUUUCUCGUUAAGUACAUCAAUUUUUUCAGACAUUUUUUUAUCGGAACCUUUCGUCCUUAGGUUUUAUCUUUUUUUUUGUAUUUACAGCGAUCGAAUCGGAAUAACUUUUUUUCUACUUAAUUUCUACACUUUAUAUGGUCCUUGUUUUAGUGCGCAUGCGUAAGCUUUUCUAAUGAUUGUGCUUCGCAAGAUCUAGCUUAUAUCGUAUAACGAAUUGUUUAUAUUUUUUAUCGUCAUGUAACAGAGGAGA